ACCACAGGAUAAGCAAGAUAUUUUCUCCUCUAAAAAUGACAAGACUGUGAGUAGCAGGUGUGGAUUUGACCAGAGACCAUGGCAACCAGUUUCGUGCUACUGCUGCUCUUUGUCCUAAAUGGAGCUGAUGGUUCUCACAUUGUUGGAGGCAGAGAUUCUGUCCCGCAAUCGCGCCCCUACAUGGCCUCGCUGCAAGUCCGAGGUCGCCACAACUGUGGGGGAGCCCUGGUGAGAGAGGACUUCGUACUCACGGCAGCACAUUGCCAGAUACCCAUACCUUAUACAGUGGUACUUGGAGCUGGUUCCCUGACCGCCAAUGAGCCUACAAAGCAGGAGUUCAGUGCAGUCAGAUCCAUUCCACAUCCCAACUAUGAUGGGCAUGCAAAUGACAUCAUGCUCCUAAAGCUCAGCAGUGGAGCCCGACUGACUGAAGCAGUGCAGCUGAUCCCUCCGAAAAGGGGCCGGCUGAAUGCAUCCAGUCGGUGCAUCACAGCCGGCUGGGGGGAUAUAGGGGAUAACGGCACCUUACCAAACAGGCUCCAGGAAGUCAACGUGACCGCCCUGCCACAGAAGACAUGUCGCAGGAGAUGGAGAGGUGUUCCGAUCACCAGGACUAUGGUUUGUGGCACAGGGGCCCGCGUCUUUCAAGGCUUCUGCUCGGGGGAUUCAGGUGGUCCGUUGGUGUGUGAUGGAGCUGCAGCAGGCGUCGUCUCCUUCUCUGGACGCCAAUGCGGAAACCCCAGGACCCCUGAUGUCUACACACGCAUAUCGUCCUUCAGGGAAUGGAUUUCAGACGUGUUAAAAAACAAUUAAGAUGAUUAGAUCGAACGGCAAUAUGUCAGCAUGCUUGAUUGGGAUCUACUUUUCAAGAUAAGGCUCUUUUUAAUAUAAAAACACGUGGUGCUAUGUUGUUUUAUUGCUGUGGUGAAUUAAAUGAGGUAAUACAUUG